AUGGCGAAGGCGGUGGAAGAUCCCGGUUCGUUCCCGCUGCUGGCAGCCGCCCGCCGGGCUCACGAAGCAGCUUUCGGGAGGGCGCCGGUGCUGGCGGCGUGGGCUCCCGGGCGGGUUAAUCUGAUCGGCGAGCACACCGACUACAACGGCGGCUUCGUGCUGCCCAUGGCCCUGCAGCUGGGGACAGUGUUGGUGGGAUCCCCCACACAGGACGGGACCAUCUCCAUCCUCACCACCUCAGCAGAGGCAGAUGAGCCCCACAGGGUGCAGUUCCCAGCUCCCCGCCAAGGCAGUCCUCUGAGCCCAGGGCAGCCACACUGGGCCAACUACGUCAAGGGUGUCAUCCAGCACUACCAGGGUGGUCCUGUGCCAGGCUUCAGUGCUGUGAUAGCCAGUGAUAUCCCCCUGGGUGGGGGCCUCUCCAGCUCAGCCUCUCUGGAGGUGGCUACUUACACUUUCCUUCAGCAGCUCUGCCCUGAUGGUGGUGAUUCGGUAGCCAAGGCGCUGGCGUGCCAGAGAGCGGAGCACACGUUUGCUGGCAUGCCCUGUGGCAUCAUGGACCAGUUCAUAUCUGUGAUGGGCAAGGAGGGCCACGCACUGCUCAUUGACUGCAGGUCCCUGGAGACUGUCCUGGUGCCGCUGGCUGAUGCCAGCUUGGCCAUCCUCAUCACCAACUCCAACGUGCGGCACACGCUGAGCGGCAGCGAGUACCCCACGCGCCGGCGGCACUGCGAGGAGGCAGCAGCAGCGCUCGGCAAGGCCAGCCUGCGAGAUGCCACCAUGGCUGAGCUGGAAGCGGCCAGGAGCCGGCUGGGCCAGGAGGUGUACCGCAGAGCCAGGCACGUCAUCGGCGAGACAGCACGGACGGCGCGGGCAGCACAGGCACUGCAGGACAGGGACUACAGCAUGUUCGGGAAGCUGAUGGUGGAGAGUCACAACUCCCUCAGGGAUGACUAUGAAGUGAGCUGCCCGGAGCUAGAUGAGCUGGUAGCAGCAGCCCUCGAGGUCAGUGGAGUUUAUGGCAGCAGGAUGACUGGGGGAGGCUUUGGAGGCUGCACAGUGACACUGCUGGAGGCUGAGGCUGCAGAAAGAGCCCAGCAACACAUCCAGGAGAAGUACAGAGGCACAGCCACCUUCUACCUCACCAAACCCUCUGGAGGGGCAAAGGCACUGUCCCUGUAG